GGAUUUCCUGUCAGUCUGCUGCCUCAUUAUCCAAGAUGGCGGCUUUCUCUCCUCCCGUCACCGUUCACCCAAAUGUCUUCCCCUAACUGACUCAUUUGGGUUUUAUUUAUUUAUUUUUUUAGGAUUGUUCUUCUUAUAAAAGGGGACUUUUAGGAAGAGUAAUUUUAAUGUAUGUGAGACUUUAAAAUAUAUCUGAAAAAGCAGGUUUGCUGAAAGAGGAACUAUCGGAAGGGGCCGGCAGUUCCUACCGGACACAGAUUCGGUAACACCGUAGCGUCCCACAGCAAAACAAAUCCGACCAGCAAGUUCGAGAAUGAAUGAAACCAAAGUUUGACAACCGGGUCUUUUGGAAAGAAGCGAACGAGCCAGCCAGUGGAGGACUCUGGUCAGACCCGGUCCCCGCAAGUCCUGCUAGCAUGCAGGCGGAGUUUCGGGCUCCGCGGAGACGCGCACGCGUGCACGAAGAGUAUGUGGCUCCGCUGCCUGUGAGCCGCAGUCCGGAGGAGAGGAGCAACUUCCGGGCCGAGCUCAUCAACCAGCACGUGCUGGUCUGUCAUCCGGACCACAUCCAGAAGAUAUAUAACCAGGGUUACUUUGGUAAAGGCGUCCUGUCCAGAGCGAGACCGGACCACAGCAUCUCUGACCAAUGGGAACAACACGAAGGUUUGUUGCUACCUGUCGUCUCACAGUCCAGAUAUGACGAGCUCCUCAGGUGGGCGGGUUCCGUUCUCUCUGCUCAGGGAUUGGACGAAGACGCUGUCAAUCAAACCCUGCUCAGCCUCGCUCGUCCCGUAGAGAUGGAGGAUGUGAGGAGGGAGGGGAGUGGGAGGGAGGAGCCAGGACCAAAUGGGGGAGCCUGUGCCCACACUAAGAGGCCGGGGUCAGAGGUCGGGUCAGAGGUCGAGCCAGAGGCCAAGAGAAGCUGCAGGUCGAGCCCGCAAAACCACGACCGAGACCCUGAUCCCAGCGACGACCAGGAAUCUGAGCUAGACCCUGAACUCAACCUGGACUCUGACUCUGACUCUGAUCCUGAUCCCUUGGUUCCCGGGCCUGGUUUUGUCCUCGUGGUCUCUGACAGUGAGGUGUGUGGGGGGGUCAGGGAGGUCCGGCGGACUCCUUUCUCUCUCACAGAGUACCUGCAACUCAGUCUGGAGGAGGCGUUCUUCCUGGUCUACAGUCUGGGCUGCCUGUCCGUCUACCUGAACCAGGAGCCCCUGUCAAUCAUCCAGCUGUGGAGAGAGUUCCGCUCCAUGAGGCCCGACUUUGUCAGCUCGUUCGCAGCCUAUCAGCACUGUCGAAGCAGGGGGUGGGUCCCUAAAGGAGGGGGCGGGGCCAAGUACGGCGCGGACCUCAUGUUGUAUAGGAAAGGACCCCCUUUCUACCACGCCAGUUAUUCGGUUGUUAUUGAGCGGGUUGACGAUGCAUUCAAGGGCUCGGCGUUGCGUCCGUUUUCGUGGCGUUCUCUGGCGGCUCUCAGCCGGAUCACCUCCAACGUCUCGAAGGAGCUGAUGUUGUGUUACAUCAUCUUUCCAGCCGACCUAUCAGACGUUGAGCUGGACUCACCUGUCUGUCUGAGCAGGCUGAAGGUUCAGGAAGUGAUCGUCAGCAGGUGGGUUUCCACCAAAGAGCGAGCGGAGCAGGACGACAUCUGAUUGGCUGACAGGAAACUGAUGAUGUCACCGUGUGAUGUCCCAAAGAGACUGAUGACGUCAGCCAAAAGAGGAUGAGAUUAUUUUUUUUUGUCAUUAAAGAGUCUUGAAACAAGAAAAAAAACGUCAAAUGUUUGAGUGUCCCUGAACGCAGCAUGGGUCCUCACAAGGAGUUAAAGACCAGCGGAGGUGUGUGGAGCUCCUGCAGGUCGUGUUACUUGAACAAUAAAAAAUGUUUUAAAGAAUC